CGGGGAAAGAAAGAACAGCUAGUGCAGAGACACUGAGGCAGGAAUGACAGUGGCAUACACAAGAGCUGGAAGGAAGGCCAGCAUCUGGGACAUGACAAGUUAUGACAGCUUCUGCUGGCCGCAACUGCGCAUGCGUCCACGCCGGCGUGGGAGGAGGGAAUGGAAAUGAGGCUGGGCCCAGCAGCUAGCGAAGCUCCCGCCUCCUCUGCCCGCCCCGUCGCCCAGCGGUGCAGCUCCGUGGGUCCGAAGGCAGCGAGGCAGCGGCUGGGGCACCUGGAGCUGCCGAGGAGGGUGGGGCUCGGAGCCCCGCCCCAAAGGAGGGGCAAUCCCACAGGUCUCCCUUCUGUCCUCCACGGCCACAAUCCACACCGCGGAUGAAACUUACCAACAAGAAAGACGAGGUUGACGCGGCGUCAAUGGACUGAGACUGAGCCCAAAGCCUGGUUCCUGUGUCAGCAAGAUGCUGGAGCGAGGCGCGAAGUCCAAGGCUGAGGGCACAAAUCCUAGUCCUACUGGCAAGGAGCCCGUGACCAAAGGAGUUGAGAGCGACCCUGCCUCUCCCCACCAGGCCCCGCCGCAGAAGCCCAGCCAGUCUGCUCCAGGGCCCUCCAAGUCUGGGGGCACGCCCUCCCGGCCCCGCCGGCGGCCCCCACCCCAGCGCCCGCACCGCUGCCCUGACUGUGACAAGGCCUUCUCCUACCCGUCCAAGCUUGCCACACACCGGUUAGCGCACGGCGGCACCCGACCCCACCCGUGCCCCGACUGCCCCAAGGCCUUCUCCUACCCCUCUAAGCUGGCAGCCCACCGCCUCACACACAGUGGUGCCCGCCCACACCCCUGCCCGCACUGCCCAAAGGCCUUUGGCCACCGCUCCAAGCUGGCAGCCCACCUCUGGACCCACGCUCCCACCCGUCCCUACCCGUGCCCUGAUUGCUCCAAGUCCUUCUGCUACCCCUCCAAACUGGCCGCCCACCGCCACACGCACCAUGCCAAUGACGCCCGCCCCUAUCCUUGCCCACACUGCCCCAAGGCCUUCUCAUUUCCCUCCAAGCUGGCUGCCCAUCGCCUAUGUCACGACCCCCCCACUGCACCAGGCAGCCCAGCCACUGGCCAACACCGAUGCUCCAACUGUGGCCAGGCCUUUGGCCAGAGACGCCUCCUGCUCGUUCAUCAACGCAGCCACCACCAGGCAGAGGGCCAGGGGGAGAGAGACUGAGCUCUCCCUUUGGUUCACAGGCGGCCCCUUCCAGCCAGCUCCGGUCAAUAAAAAGGUGGGAUUUCUAA